UUUUUUUUUACAAAUAUUGUCUUGUGUAAAACGUGAAUAUAGUUGAAAGUAGCCAGCUAGCAACUAAGCAAGUACGAGUAGCCACUAGUUUGUUAAUAAAAAAAAAGUAGCCACUAGUUAGUACAGACUGAGGAUAACAUAAAAAUACAGUAUUUAAGAGGAAUCUGAUUGAGAAAUUUCAGAAUUAAAAACAGUGAGAUUCAUUUAAAUAAAAUUGGGCAAAGUAUAUAGAAUCUUCAUCCAUUAGCUAAUCAUCUCCGGUCUCCACUCUAUUGAACUAUUUUAUACGCAUACGGGUGUACCGUGCACCCAAUUAAACCAAAAUUAGUUUUUGCUCUUCAUCUGAUGAUUACAUGAAAAACACUAAUCAAAAUAAAAACAAAAUGCUCAUGGGGUGUACCAUACCCCCGGGUGUAUAUAACAAUCUCUACCACUCUAUAACAUAAAGGCCAGCAAACCCAACUCUUCUAAAUCAACAGGAAACACAAGCUUAAAUCCAGAGAAAACAACCAUAAGCUCCAAUGGAAGGGACCAUGAAACAGAUGAGCAAGCUCGGUCGUCGACUACUACUAUUUCCUGCACCAUUUCACGGCCAUUUAAAUCCAAUGCUACAACUAGCAACUCUCCUUUACUCCAAAGGCUUCUCCAUUACCAUCAUUCAGACUCCUUACAAUCCUAUAAAUCCUACCGAUUUCCCACACUUCACCUUCUGCUCCUUUUACAACAGCUUACUUGAGUCCUAUUCCAAAUCCCUUCCACCAGAUUCUUUUACCAUCAUAUCUGUCAUGGAAACCUGCUGCGAGCCUUUCCGGGAUUGCUUGUCUCAAAUUUUACGCGAGGCUGCUGCUGCUGAUAUUGAUACUGAUGCGCGCAAGGAGCCUGUUGCUGCCUUGAUAGCAGAUCCUAUGUGGACAUUUGUUGGGUCUGUUACUGCAAGCAUUAACCUUCCUAGGAUGGUGCUCAGGACUGGUAGCAUCUCGGCUUUGCUGGUUUAUCUUUCUCUGCCUUCUUUACGAGAAAAGGGCUAUCUCCCUGCUCGAGAUAGUAAUUUAGAUGAAACACUGCCAGAGCUUUCCCCUUUAAAAGUCAGGGACCUUCCUUUAGAAUGGCAACAUCAUUUACUGGAGGCACUAAUCCGAGAAAUCGAGACCUCUCAUGGUGUCAUAUGCAAUACCUUUGAAGAACUGGAAAGUUAUUCAAUGGCUCAAGUUAAACGAUCCCUUCCUAUCCCCAUCUUCCCUAUAGGCCCCUUACACAAACAAUCGCACACUUCUGAUACCAACAUAUGGGCAAAAGACCAAACUUCCAUCGCGUGGUUGAAUAACCAAACACCCAAGUCUGUACUGUAUGUUAGUUUUGGGAGUGUUGCAGCAAUGAGCAAAGCUGAAUUUCUCGAGCUAGCUUGGGGACUGCUUGAAAGCAUGGUGCCAAUCCUAUGGGUGGUACGCCCCGGAUUGAUCCAAGGUUGAGAAGUCAACAACUCAUUGCCAGAAGGCUACCUUGGUAUGUUGGGUGAAAGAGGACAUAUUGUAAAAUGGGCACCUCAAUUAGAGGUUUUAUCCCACCCAGCUGUUGGAGGAUUUUGGACUCACAACGGAUGGAACUCGACUUUGGAGAGUAUUAGUGAAGGAGUGCCAAUGAUUUGCCAGCCUAUCUUUGCUGACCAGGAUAUGAACGCGAGGCAUGUGAGUGAUGGUUGGAAAAUAGGGAUGAAAUUGGAAAAGGGGGUCAAAAGAGAAGAAAUAGCAAGGUCGAUAAGAAAACUAAUGCUGGAAGAAGGGGAAGAGAUGAGGAGCAGAAUCACAGCUUUGAAGGAAAAGGCAAGUCUUUGUGUCAAGGAAGGCGGUUCUUCAUAUACAUCUAUAGAGAGGCUUACCAGCUAUCUACUAUCAUUUUGAUUUACUUAUCUAUUGUUUCAUUGAUUGAAUAUUGUCAUCAACCGAAUAAACUGAGAAGAUAUUUCUUUCUUAAGAAAAAAUGCCUGUCCUAUGGAUGAGGUUUCGUUCCUUAAAA